AUGCCAAAUCGCAAAACACAUCCUAGGCAAAGUGAGAUGCCAGAUGAGGAAGUAAAUGUAAAUAAUAGAAUUUUUAGUAAAACUAAAGAGUGGAGAGUUAGUAGAUUUAAUGGCUCAGAAGAUAUAACUGAGUAUUUUUGUCAAUUUGAAAUAACCGCAAAAGUAAAUAAGUGGACAUCACAAGAAAAAGCACUAUCCCUUUUGCAUGCACUAGAUGGGAAAGCAAGAGGUGUAUUUCACGAAUUGCCAGAUAUUGACACAGUCACGUAUAACGAGAUUAAAGAGCUGUUGUUUAAACGAUUUGGACCAUCGAACUAUUCAGAAACACACGAGUAUAGUUUAUCGCAGCUUAGAUUACAAAAAGAUCAGAACAUUCGAGAUGUGUCCCAGGAAAGAAAAGAUGUUAACAAUAAGUUUGGAAAUAAUAAUAAUUUAAUCAGAAACAACAGUACGAUUGACCAAAAAAAAAGUAGUUAUCAGCAAAAUAACAGAAACUUCAGUCAAGUGAACACUAAUAACUUCAGACAAAAUGUUGGUAGUUUUAAAAAUACGACGAGAUUAAAUCGAAACGUUCAAACAGUAAAAACACCCUCCAAGUGUAACCAUGAUAAGGAAGCGUUAGUUCAUUUAGAAGCUGUAUUUAGAAACAAACAUUUAAAAUGCCUACUAGAUAGUGGUGCAGAUGUAAAUCUUUGUCCAAAGAAAUUUGUUGAUGAUUUGAAAAUUUUGAAAAGUAACAAAGAAUUGUAUGCAGUUAAUAACAUGGAGUUAAUAGUAAACGGAACAAUUACACUGCCAUUAGAACUUAAGUAUCAGAAGAUUCUUACAACUUUCUAUGUGUCACCAAACGUUGAUCAUAUAAUUCUAGGAAAGAAUUGGUUAUAUGAUAACAAUUGCAUUUGGAAUUUUGGAAGGAGUAGUGUUGUAAUAAACGGAAAAAGUUACAACCUCGUAAAAUCUAGACAAGAAACAGAUAUAAGAUGCAUUUCGAAAGUUACAGCUGUCAUCCCACCCCGCAGUGAAAUGUUCAUUCAGACGUUUAUAGAAAAAUCAAAUUUGAAGCCUUUAGGACAGAAUACAGCAUGGUCAACUAGCAUAAAUAAAAUCAAAAACAAUUUGUUAACUGCGAGAUCAUUAAUUGAUGUCAAUAAACCGUCUACGAGUAUUAGAGUAUGUAACAUAUCUGAUGAGAAAGUUGAAAUACCUAAGGAUCAAGUAAUCACCAAAUUACAUGAAGUAGUUGUAGUUGAUGAUGAAGUUCAAGAAUCAAAUAACAAGCCCACCAAAGAAUAUGAUGAGACUAUAAAAACAAUAGUUGAUGAGGUACAUUCCAGUGUUCCAAAUAAUAUUCGUGGUAACUUGAGAAAGUUGUUGCUGAAGUAUAAAAAUAUUCUCUCAUUAAGCGAGUUUGAUUUAGGAAGAACUAAUGUAACGCAACAUGAAAUUGAUACCGGAGCAAACAGACCAUUUCGCCAAGCAUUGCGACCGCAACCUAGAGCACAUCUACCAAUCAUUGACAAUUUGUUAGAAGAGAUGUUACAGCAAAAACACGUUAAAAAUAAGUAUCCUAAGGGGACAAAGUUAUAUGACGGCCCUUACAUGAUUUCAAGACAAAUAAGUGAUGUAAAUUUUGAAAUUAAGAAGUGUAAUGGUUAUAAAACUAUUGUCGUACACAUAAAUAAAUUGAAGCAUGUAUGA